AUGGGACUGGGACAGAGUGAGGACGUAGCAGUCGCCGUCUCAAAUAUUGACACUGUGGAGCGCUGUGCGUCAAAUCCGGAGGCUGUCGCCAGCGAGGAAGGCCCUCCGGUUAAAAAGGCGAGAAUGCAGGCGGGUCUGCAACAAGAAUCGACAUUAAAGGAUGCCUUGCAGACACCAAAAACUUCAACUUGCCGAUCACCGGCAGUCGAUCAUAAUAACCAUUUAACUGUUUCGUUAUCACCGCGUUGUCUUACACAAAUACAGAUCAAUACAAUACGUAUUAUAGGACAGUACUUGAAAAACUUGGGUCUGCAGGAAACGGUUGCUACACUGUUUACUGAAAGCGGUUGUCGUUUGGAAGAUUCUUUGGCAGUGAGACUUAGAGAGUGUAUUUUAAACGGAGACUGGGAUUUGUCUCUACAUUUACUUAAUAAAAUGUCGUCGUUCGUGCCGCAAGUUAAUCUUGAACGUAUACGUUGCAAAUUUCUUGAGGAGAAAUAUGUGGAAUUACUAGCCAAUAAUCGGACUGUUGAAGCGCUACGUUUGUUAACAGUCGAUUUCCCUGCAGAUAUGGCUUUGAUGGAACGGCGCAAUUUCUUAGCUACAUUACUUUAUGCUGAUCCAAAAACUUGUGAUCUGUACGAAAAAACAGGAACUCAUAGGACUAGACAGGAUCGUGGUGAUUUAGUUGCAGAAGUGCAGCAGCUUCUUCCCACAUCUGUUAUGCUACCUCCAAAUAGGCUUGAGCAACUACUUAAACAAGCUUGGAAGACACAGUCGCAGGAUUGUUAUUUACACUUGGCUGAACCUCGUUUGACACCUGAUUUUGUGCUGGAGGACCAUCAGUGCAGUUGGGAGGACUUUCCUCUUUGUCCGACACAGGUUCUGAACAAUCAUCAAGAUGAAGUUUGGUGUGCUUCUUUUUCCCCAUGUGGUAAAUAUCUCGCUACUGGAGCGAAAAAUGGGCCUACUCUUGUUUGGAAGGUCGUGAGCCAGUGUUUGUUGGAACCGUAUAAGUCGUUUGGAGGUCAUCAGAACAGUGCUGUGUUAUCGUGGAGUGAGGAUUCGAUCAUGUUAGCAGUUGCUGCGGCGGAUGAACCUGAUACUGACAUUUUCGUAUAUGAUGUGCAUAAUGGUACUGUCUUUUGCACCAUUGAUAACAGAACUAGCGACACUACAGUUUUAGCAUUUUUUCCUGGCUGUCGACCUUACCGACUUGUAUGUGCGGACCAAAAAGGGCAUUUUUGUCAAUACAUUCUUUCACAAGACUUACACAAAAUCAGUGGGAGGUUUGAAGGUUAUAGAAUACGCGCGUUGCAUUGUUGCAAAGACGGAACCGUACUAGCUGCGGAUACCCAUAACAGGAUCCGGAAAUAUUGCUUUGCUACGGAGACCGAAGAGAAUUUCAUCACCGAACAAAGUCAGAUAAUAACAUUCGCAGUGGACAAGAAGGAGCGCUAUCUAUUAGUCGAUACGAAAUUGCAUGGUUUACGGCUAUGGGAUUUGAAAACCGCUACUUUACUCAGGGCAUUCGCUGACGCAUCACACCAAGACCUCAUUGUACAUUCAUCAUUUGGUGGAAGCAACCAAAAUUAUAUUGCAACGGGUUGUAACGAAGAAGUACGUAUUUGGAAUCAUAAGUCGGAUCGUUUAAUUGCUUCUCUUUCUGGCCACACUGGUAAAGUUAAUGCUGUUAUUUGGAAUCCUGUGAAUCCUCACAUGCUGGUGUCUUGUUCAGAUGACAAUACCGUCAGAGUGUGGACUUCAAAUAAGCGUUCCUGA